AUGCAGGUUGUUAGUCUGGGACGAUCACUUUGGAUUUACACUCUGAUUUUAACUUCUCUCCAACUUUGCCUCACAGAGGGACAACUUUCUACAGCCAGUUCCUGUCUGAUUCCUCCACCUCCUGCUCUGGACAUCUAUGUGAGGUCAAAGAACACAGUGGUCUUGACAUGCAAGGUCCCAGAAGGCCAUCAUGGGGUUUUCUUCCUCCUAUACAGAUUCAGAGAUAGGGUGGACUCUCAGGAGCUGCAGUCCGGUGCUGGGGAGGCUCAGUUCACCCUCGAGGUAAAGGAGGAGGAUUUGGGUGAACUGUUCUGCUGUCUGUACCGGGACCGGAGAGGCUGCUACAGCGCAUUCAGUCCCUAUUUGAAGCUGGAGCGCCAAGACGUUCCCCCCACCCGCACCACACCCACUUUCCCACCUCCUCCAGUCCUGUCUGUGGAGCCGUCCAGUGGCGUGGUCAAAUGUGGGGAGUUGCUCUCCUUCAGCUGCUCCCUCCCUGCCCUCCCACCUCAGUCUCGGGCCCGGUUGGGCCACACCAGGUCACCAGUGGCCUUCCUUUUGCUGAAGACUUCCGAGCCACUGGGGGCAACACCUGUUAUCCUGCAGCCUCGGUCCAGUCUGGUGUCCAGCUCUGAACCUCAGGCUGGAGUGUUUAAUGUGGGGCCAGUGAAAGGAGGAGAGGACGGAGAGUACACCUGCAUCUAUCAGGUCACCAGAAAGAGGCAGUUGGUGAAUUCUACUGUGAGCAACGUGGUUCAGGUCACUGUCACAGCAGACGUGCUCCCACUGCCCACUCUCGAUCUCCACCAGCAGACAGACGUUUGGCAUCUGCUCUGCACUGGGUCUCCUGCGUACCCUGGUGCUGUGUUCUCCCUCUACCUGGCAGACAAUGAGCUUCCUGUCGCCACACACCAGGCCAAAGUGUUCCAGCACCAGGCGUCUUUCCCAGUGCCUGUCCAAGACUCUCUAAUGGUUCUGUACCAGUGCCAGUACAGUGUCUUUCUGGGAAAGACAUGGAGCAACUCCCAACGCAGUCGCCCUUUAUCUGUAAUCAAAGGAGAUCCGACUCCUCCAUCACCAGGUGUGUCAGCUGUGGACUGGCCUCUGGUGCUGGGAUCCUUCUCCGCUGUGGUGUUGUUCCUCUGCUCCGUAGCUCUGGUGGUUGUGGUCGCACACAGGAAAGUAAAAGCAGCAGCUGAGAAAAAGAAGACAAGAGAGGAGGCACAGUUCUGGACUCAAGUUCAUUCCAAGGACCAUGUUGUUGACCUUACACUCAGAAGGUCAGGCUUCACCUCUCAGGACUGUAUCAAUGGCGACACUGCGACCGCCUCCCGAGCUCCGUUAUGGAACUCUCUCUCCACGUUCACAGCCCCGAUCCAUUAGAGAUGUUUGUUAUGUUUGUGUUCUCUCCCUGUGUGUGAAUGUGUGUGUGUGUGUUUGGUUUAUACUUUAUCAUAAGUGAUCAGGGUAACAUCAGUUGUUGUUACACAGCAGGACAGGAAGAGCUGUUUCCUCAGUUCCUGUUUCAUGUGCAGCAGUAAAAUUGUACAAUUUGACAGGAUGGGAUGUUUGAUCUUGAAUGUAACUAACCAAGUGGAUUUAAAUACAGAUUUUUAUUUUUUACUACCACCAUUAUUGUUAUUGUUUGUAUGUGGGAUAUGUGCUUGUGAAUAACUUAUAUGAAACUUUUGUGAUUAUUAUUGACCUCGGACAAAGCAGCUUACUAAACAAUCUGUGGAGCUUUCAGCAACAUCACAUGAUCUUCAUCGGGAGAUAGAGUUGUCCACGUGUCAUAAAGUUUAAUUUUUAAAUGUGAAGGAUUAUGAAAUGAUCCAGCAGUGUGAAAUGAUAAAACUGGUUUGGCCUUAC